AUGGCGGCAAUUAGGACAGCUUUAUUUUCAAAGUUUCAAGACGCUUUUCGCGAUAUUAUACGUCAAUUGUCCAAUAGUGAGUUGGAUGAAGAUGGUGUGGACAGCAUUAUUUUCCGUCUUGAACAGUUGUCGGUUCAUCUUGUUCGGCUAUGCAAUGUCGACUUGAUGAACAACCAAACUGAACGUUUGAUUUCGAACACAAUAAUGCUUCUUCGAAGUUAUAACGAUGUAAACAGACAAGCAUCAUCUUUUCAGUUAGAAAGAAACUCAAAUGGGAACCGGGGUCGACGACCAAGAUUUAGUAUAUAAGUUCGGAGCAAUUGCAGUAUCUGAAUUUUAAUACGAUCUUAGCGUGCCAGAUAUUGCUCAAGCAUUGGGCGUUUCAAGAAGUACCAUAUUCAGACGUAUGCGCACAUUUGGUUUAUCUGUGGGUCAAAGAAUGACAUAUAUUUCAGACGAAAACCUUGUGAUAACAAUCAGACAAGUUCAACAGGACUUUCCUAACGCUGGUUACCGCCGAUUAUGUUCUCAACUCUUGAUCAGAGGCAUCAGAGUACCGCAAAUGGCUGUGAGAAAUGCCAUGCACAGAAUUGAUCCUGAAGGUGUUGCCAUGCGAUGGUUGCAAUUAGUACCCCGGCGUAGUUCCAAUGUCCCUGGCCCUUUAUCACUUUGGCACAUAGAUGGCAAUC